CAUUGAAAGUAGUUGUCGCUGCAACUGCAAAGCGAAAAGACCAGGCAGAAAGUUUUGCGGAGGUAUGGACAACUUUGAACUCAACGUAAUACUUUUAAAUUUACGGAUUUUUCCAAUUACAAGCCGCGCCAAUUAUUGGAUGUAAACAACAACAUUGCUUCUACGGUUAACAUUUUAGUUGGAUUUUAUUGGACAUUGUUUCACUCGUUCGGAUUUCGUAGCGCUUUUCUGUGAAACUUUGGGAGGACUUAAGUCUGGUGGGAAAAAAGGAAGAAAAAAUGUCCGCAUCUAUGCUGCCUCGUAGUAUUGCGAGGUAUGCGGUAGCUUUUCUUCUGUUUUUGCAAAUUGAACUUUUGCUUGGACAUGGUGAAAACUCAAAAUCAUGCCCCAGACCAUGCACAUGCUUUGGGGAGCUAUUGGACUGCAGUCGUCUAAAUAAAGGAGCGUUUCCCCAACAUAUUCCUGAAUGGACCGUUCAACUAGACCUGAGCCAUAACAAACUGCAGACGAUUGACAGCUCUUUGUUUUCCAACUUGCGGCACCUGACUGAGAUAAAGCUAAACAACAACGAGUUGGAGACCAUACCUGAUUUUGGCCCUCAUGCUUUGAACAUCACAACCCUCACUUUAGCAAACAACCGCAUCAGGAAGAUCUCCCAGGAGCAGCUGAGCGCCUUGCAAGGGCUGCUCACACUGGACCUCAGCAACAACAAUAUAGUGGAGAUCAAGGCCGACUGCUUCCCUGUGCUGCAGCUCAGAAACCUCUUCCUCAACAACAACCGUAUCUCGAGCCUGGAGACGGGCUGCUUCCUCAACCUCUCCAGCGGCCUGCAGAACCUGCGGCUCACACGCAACCGCCUCUCCACCAUCCCGGCCAAGAUCUUCCAGCUGCCCCACCUCCAGCACCUGGAGCUGAGCAGGAACCGCGUGCGCCGCGUGGAGGGCCUGGCAUUCCACGGUCUGCACGCGCUCAGAUCGCUGCGGAUGCAGAGGAACGGCAUCAGCCGGCUGAUGGACGGAGCCUUCUGGGGACUCAGCAACAUGGAGGUUUUGCAGCUGGACUACAACAACCUGACGGAGGUGAGCAAGGGCUGGCUGUACGGCCUGCUGACUCUGCAGCAGCUUCACCUGGGACACAACACCAUCAGCAGGGUCCGGCCCGACGCCUGGGAGUUCUGCCAGAAACUCAGCGAGCUGGACCUCUCAUCCAAUCACCUGUCUCGUUUGGAGGAAUCCAGCUUCGUGGGCCUCAGCCUAUUGGACGAGCUUCGCCUUGGAAACAACAGAGUCAGCUUUAUCGCAGACGGGGCCUUCAGAGGGCUCUCCCAUUUAAACACGCUGGAUCUGCAAAACAACGAAAUCUCCUGGACCAUCGAGGACAUGAACGGGCCGUUUUCAGCUCUGGACAAACUGAAGAAACUGUUUCUUCAAGGAAACCAAAUCCGAUCUGUCACCAAGAAGUCUUUCUCUGGUCUAGACACCUUGGAGCAUCUAGAUCUGAGUAACAAUGCCAUCAUGUCAGUCCAAGGAAACGCCUUCUCCCAGAUGAAGAGGCUUGAGCAACUACACCUGAACACCUCCAGCCUGCUGUGCGACUGCCAGCUCAAGUGGCUGCCGCUGUGGGUGGCAGAGCAGGCCUUCAUGGCCCACGUCAAUGCCAGCUGCGCCCAUCCUCUGGUGCUGAAGGGCAAGAGUGUGUUCGCCGUCGCACAGGAGGAGUUUGUGUGCGACGACUUCCCCAAACCCCAGAUCACGGUGCAGCCAGACACCCAGUCGGCCAUCAAGGGCACCAACGUCACGUUCGUCUGCUCGGCGGCCAGCUCCAGCGACUCCCCCAUGACCUUCGCCUGGAAGAAGGACAAUGAGGCACUGAGCGAAGCCGAGAUCCACAACCAGGCGCACCUGCGCGUGCAGGCGGCGGGGGGCGGCGGGGGCGAGGCGGAGGUGACGGAGUACACCACCACGCUGCGCCUGCGCCAGGUGGAGUUCUCCAGCGAGGGGAAGUACCAGUGCGUCAUCUCCAACCACUUUGGCUCCUCCUACUCCACCAAGGCCAAGCUCACCGUCAACAUGCUGCCCUCCUUCACCAAGACCCCCAUGGACCUGAGCGUGCGUGCGGGCGCCACGGCCCGGCUGGAGUGUGCCGCGGGGGGGCACCCGUCUCCCCAGAUCGCCUGGCAGAAGGACGGCGGGACGGACUUCCCGGCCGCCCGCGAGCGCAGGAUGCACGUGAUGCCCGAGGACGACGUGUUCUUCAUCGUGGACGUGAAGACGGAGGACAUUGGCGUGUACAGCUGCACCGCCCAGAACUCUGCCGGCGCCAUAUCUGCCAACGCCACGCUCACCGUGCUGGAAACCCCCUCCUUCCUGCGUCCCCUCAUGGACCGCACCGUCGCCAAGGGCGAGACGGCGGUGCUGCAGUGCAUCGCCGGGGGCAGCCCGCCGCCGCGCCUCAACUGGACCAAGGACGACAGCCCCCUGGUGGUGACGGAGCGCCACUUCUUCGCCGCCGCCAACCAGCUCCUCAUCAUCGUGGACGCGGCCGAGGGCGACGCCGGCAGGUACACGUGCGAGAUGUCCAACGCCCUGGGCACGGAGAGGGGCAACGUGCGCCUGGGGGUCCUGCCCAACCCCAACUGCGACUCGGGGGCGCCGGGCGGCGUGGGCGCGGGCUCCGUGGGAGGGCUGGGGUCGGACGCGGACGGCUGGACCACGGUGGGCAUCGUGAUCAUCGCGGUGGUGUGCUGCGUGGUGGGGACCUCGCUGGUCUGGGUGGUGAUCAUCUACCACACGCGCCGGCGCAACGAGGACUGCAGCAUCACCAACACGGACGAGACCAACCUGCCGGCGGACAUCCCCAGCUACCUGUCAUCCCAGGGCACGCUGGCCGACAGGCAGGAUGGGUACUUGCCCUCAGACAGCGGCAGCAACCACCAGUUCAUGAGCUCCUCCCUGGGGGGGUUCUACCUGCAGACUAAAGACCUCAACGGACUGUGUCAGCUGGAUACCGGAAGUGAGGCGGACAUGGAGGCAGCCAUUGACCCCCUGCUGUGCCACUACCAAGGCCCCAUGGGGUCGUUGCUGCGCAGGGGAAACAUGUAUUCUCCUGACCCCACGGAUGGUUUCGCAGGCUGUGUGGACCAGAGACCGGUCUGUGUCGACUCCUACAGCGGCAGUCUGACAAGCGCCAAGAGGAGGGACUACUAUCCAUGCGGAGGGGUCCUGACCGACCCCUACGACCACGGCCCCCAGGGCGUCCUGAUGCAGCUGCCCCACGGCGCCCUCCCGCACGCCCUCCUGCACCUCCCAGACGAGCAGCCCCCCUCCGCGGAGCAGGGGGAGGCCAGCGAGUACGGGCGGCCUCAGAGCAGGCUGGCCUCCGCCAACACUUUCAUGGGCACUUUUGGCAAGGCCCCGUGGCGUCCCCAGCAGGACCUGUACCCUGGUCUGACCCCCCAGCCCCCGGUCCCCCACAGCGGCAUGUUGCUCCACGAGAACCCCUACUCUGCUCUGGACACGGACGAGGACAGGGACGAGGAUAAGGACCCCGCCCGGGGCAAAGACUCCCCGCCGGACCGCUCGGAACAGAACGUGUACGAGCUGCCUUUCGACGUCGACAGGACAGGCGCCGCUCUGCACGGACGGGCGAGCACGUAGGGAGGGUCCACGCGCGGGUGCCCCCUUUCCAUGAACGAGACGGACUCAAUGUUUUUUUUGCUUUUCUUCGAGAAGAGGAUGACCAAAAAAUGCUACCUCAGUGAAAUGACCCUUUUUUCUUUCUUCCCAAUGAUGGACACCGCAGUGCAACAAGUGAAUGUAAAACAGAAGCAUUGUUUUGUAUGAAAUGCAGAAAAAGACACGGGGAGUCUGUUAACAGUGAAGAUGGUUCUUUCUUCUAUUUUCAAGAGAGAGAGAAAUGGUACACGACUUCCAUUUAAGAAGAGAGAUAUUGAAUAUAUACAUUUUUAUACAAAGUUUAUUAUAUUUUGUAAAUUAAAUGUAAAAUAAAUUAGAAUCCAAUUAUUUUUGCUUACCUUUCAUGUUUGUUACAAGUAUUGUCUGUCAGAUCUCUCCCUGCCUGUUCAGUUAUCCUAGCCUAAGACAUUUUGCUUUGAGUGAAGCAAUCUUUUGCACAUACCCAUACAUAAUAAAAAACACCAUAACAUGUGCUGCUAUGUA